AUCUCAGCAUUCGGUUUGGGAAGGUUGGCUCCGCUGCUCGCUGCAAGACUGUGGCCGAGGAUUGGCUGUUGAGGAGCUCAGAGCACUUUCUCUGGGGAACUGUGGCUGCGAUCCAGGUGGCUCCGGCCAGGCUCCCGGCUGCGAUCUGCCCGCCUCGGGAAGCCAAGGCAACCAGGUAAAAAUAUAGCUUUUGUGAUUCUAUCUGGAUGUCUUCUGUGGAUUUACCGUAGAGCACCGCGAUGGGGACCCCAGCUUCAGUGGUGAGCGAGCCACCCUUGUGGCAGGUUUCAACUGAGGCCCGGGGCCGCAAGCAGGCCUCUGCUAACAUCUUCCAGGAUGCUGAGCUGGUGCAGAUCCAGGGCCUGUUCCAGCGCAGUGGGGACCAGCUGGCUGAAGAACGGGCCCAGAUCAUCUGGGAAUGUGCAGGGGAUCACCGCGUAGCUGAGGCCCUGAGGAGACUGCGCAGGAAAAGGCCCCCAAGGCAGAACCACUGCAGCCGCCUGAGAGCACCAGAGCCUGGUUCGAUAGUGGCCGACCCGCCUGACAGUGCCACUGGCACAGCGUCAAGUGAGCAGCUUGGGAACUCCCGGAGGACAAGUGCCAGAGUCCACCGAAACUGGAAUAAGCCAGGUCCCACAGGUUACCUCCACCAGAUCAGACACUGACCCAGUGAAGGGGUGGGGAAGGCCUCCCCAGAUACUGCAGGGACUUUUGCCAAAGGGCUUAUGGAGUUGCAAGAAGGUCUGAGCAGGACCCUGUCUAGGUAGUGAAAGCAGUAAUAAGAAUGUCGUCCUCGGUUCAGACCAGAACCAGCAUCCACUGGACUCUGCACCAUGUGGAACCUGCUCUUCUCAGUGAGGUGAUAACGAGGCUGCUCAUGCCUCAGACCUAACAGUACAGCUGGGCUGCAUGGCAUCCCCCUGGGAUAAAGGUGUGCUCAGAUGCAGCAUCUCACCAUUUCUGCCACUAACUGCCAGUUACUGUCACCAUGCAGCAGCCAGUUGUCUCACUCCCUUGUGCUAUAGGCCAGUGCAAAGGGAAAACUUGUUUAUGUGGAAAAUAAAAACAUUUACUUCAAGAAUUCUGUGAGUCUGUUACAGAAGGGGAGAAUUCCAAAAUAGACUUGAGCCAGGCAGGAAAGGACAGGAUAUCCCCAGGAGAUAAAUCUGGGCUGGAUGCUUGUAUUGUACUUUCUCAACCCUUAGCCCUGGAGAUCCCAGUACUACAACUUCAUCUUCCAGAGGUGGGAAGUUAUAAGGAAAAAAUGGGAUGUCUGCACUUGGGUACUGGGUCCUUGCUUGUUGGGAGGAGCAUCUCUCAGAAGGCACCAUCAAGGGCCAACCAUACUGAGGUUGGAUGGCACAGGACUAAUCAAUCGUCUUACACACUGGCACUAUGGCCUGGUAACCUAGAGGUGAAGGGCUUUUCCUAUUCUAAACUAUGUGCUCAUCAGCCUUCCCCCUCCCCGCCAACCCAUACCCUCAGGGACAGUGGUUACCUGUAUGGCAAGACUGCCCUCUGCUGGCCAAGCAGAAAAGCCAACCUCUCAAAAUUCACCUCUACCACUAGUGGCUCUCAACCAUCCUAGUGCUGCGACCCCUUAAAUAGUUCAUGUUGUGCUGACCCCAACCAUAAAACUCUUUCCGUUACUACUGACUGUAUUUGCUACUUCCGUGAAUCGUAAUGUAAAUAUCUGUUUUCUUUUUUUCGAGACAGGGUUUCUCUGUAGCUUUUGUUGCCUGUCCUGGAACUAGCUCUUGUAGACCAGGCUGGCCUCGAACUCAGAGAUCUGCCUGCCUCUGCCUCCCAAGUGCUGGGAUUAAAGGCGUGCGCCACCACCGCCCGGCUAAAUAUCUGUUUUCUGAUGGUCUUAGGCAACUCCUAUGAAUGGGUCAUUUGA